AUGCUUGAGCUCAGAAUACCCGUGGAGAGAAAGGCCGAUCCGCAUCCAAACCCGCGACCUCCCAGAUCGAAAUGCUCGCCGCCGGGCAUUGGCAUGGAAACCCUUCCCAAUGAAAUACUCCAUCUCAUCGUCACCAGUCUCGAUGCUCCAUCCGCCGUCUGCCUAGCACUGACAUCCUGUCGACUCUACAACUGCGUUCUCACUGUCACUAAGUCGGACAGGCUUGACGACAUCUGCCCCAAGAACUAUUACAAGCAAUCACCGCGAACGGUCCAGAUCUACUAUUUCGAUUCCGAGGCUCCUCAUUACCGCGACCCUUUCAAGCUUCUCGACUAUGCUAAAGGCUUUGGAAUUUCGUCGGCCACCUUCGACCCGGCGUAUACACAGCUCAUGCUCAAUCUCCGAGGCUGGAUGGCUCCACGCUACGUCUUGUGCUUCGCCAGUGCAAAGACCAGAUAUGUGCCGAGAAAGGGUGAUCAUGUGUGCAGCGCGUGUCAAAGUGAGAGACGGUACCUGGCCGCACACGAGCUGCAUCAGUACACUGGCAAGCUGAUUAGGGGUUGGCGGCCGCGAUCCAGAUGGGAGAGUGUCUUUGCAAUGUCGGACGGUAAUAGCCUCUGGACUCCUUCAAACAGUCCUUCCGUUCCGCGGCACCACCACUUCCUCCUCCUCAUGCUCCGGGCUUCACACGACAAUCCUUCCAACACCAUGGCGCUUCUCGACCUGCCAACCGAGGUGCUCUCCGAGGUUGUCGCCCACCUCGACCGCCCCUCCACCGCCCUCUUUGCUCUCACCAACACCAGAGCCUACAGUUGCGUCACCUUUGCACAUUCCACCAACCCCGUCAACCACUUCAUCCCCACCCUCUCACCAGCUCGCCUCGCCACCUUCGCGCCCAGCACCGCGGCCACUUAA